AUGGCCCAGUUGUAUCUGCCGCCGUCUCGUCUGCAGCUAGUCUGCAGUCUGCGCGCGAUGACGCCGCAGGGCGAGAGAGUGCGAUUGCGGCUCAUGGGAGUAGGGGGGUCAGAUCUCUUCGGCGAUGCGAUAGAACUCGCUGGGGCACGCCCUUCAUUCCAGCGUCGACCUCGUACCCGUUUUGGGGCUGGCACCAGGGCCCCAUUUCUGCGCCCGAAUCCCAGACCACGGAACAAUGGUAUCGGACACGCGGAGGCGCGACGCGCGCAAUGCUUUGAUUCUCGUCGAGAACUCGGUGCCCAGGGCGAAGAUGGUGCACGCACCACACGCGAAUUCUACAAGACUGACACAAAGCUGGGAGGCGCCGGAGUCCGACCGGCGACAGUAGAGAAGGUCACAUCACCAACGUCAGCAGCGCCCGCCUUCUUCCACAUGCGCGACACCUUCAGUCCUCCGUUACUCCGCAAGUCACCCUCCACGCACGGUCGUGCCGGGUCGAUCCUGUUCGACGCGAAGGAUACGCUCAGGAGUGGUGCAUCAGAUGUGGUGGAGACACCCCGUUGUUCAUAG